AUGGGCGGUGGUAACGUAAGUUUUUCCACUGUCUCCGCUGAUGCGAACCUGUUCCCGACUCUCCGCCAACCGAGUGCCACCGCUGCCGAUCUGGGGACCCUGUCGGCCAAUUUUACGGGGACUGACACCACCUCCCAGGGAGCCAAGGCAGCGCAGAAGCGCGCGCGGAACGACAAGAAGGCGCCGGCGAAGGCCGCCUCGCAGCUCAAGGCCAAUGCCGCUGCCAUGAGCAUCAUUUGCAACCAGUGCAAGCAGACGUUCCUCUCGACGUCUCGCGAGCCUCAACUUACGCUACAUGCCGUCAACAAACAUAACGCGACGCUGCCACAGUGCUUCCCGGAUUACCAGCCCGCCGCCAAAUAA